AGGAGCCCCAAGACAGAAAAAAGGACCCAACUCGCGAGGAAGGGUCCCUGCGUGAAAAUAACACCCGAAGAGGCGCACCGAGCUGCAUCGAUGCGCCUGAUCUGUUUUGGUUCUUUUUCGGGCUUAAUACAAAACCCUUAAAACUCUUGCAAGAAGAUACUGAAAUGACAACCCGAGUCGGGUGGAUCCUCUUCGCCCUCUCAGUGGCGCUGUCACGCGGCCAUGACCCCCCGGCUGAUGAGAACCCCCCGGAGGGCGCAUCCACCCUCGCCUUCGUGUUUGACGUGACCGGCUCCAUGUACGACGACCUGGUCCAAGUCAUAGAGGGGGCGUCCAAGAUUCUGGAGACAUCCUUGAGUCGGCCGAAUAGACCCCUCUACAACUUCGCCUUGGUCCCCUUCCACGACCCAGAAAUCGGCCCAGUAACGAUCACAACAGACCCCAAGAAAUUCCAGUAUGAGCUGAGGGAGCUGUAUGUUCAGGGAGGUGGGGACUGUCCGGAGAUGAGCAUUGGUGCCAUCAAAAUUGCCUUGGAGAUUUCGCUGCCUGGAUCCUUCAUUUACGUCUUUACAGAUGCCCGGUCCAAAGAUUACAAGCUCACCUAUGAAGUCCUUCAGCUCAUUCAACAGAAACAAUCCCAGGUUGUGUUUGUUUUGACGGGGGACUGCGAUGACAGGACUCACAUUGGCUACAAGGUGUACGAAGAAAUCGCCUCCACCAGCUCUGGACAGGUCUUCCAUCUAGAUAAGAAACAGGUCAAUGAGGUUUUGAAAUGGGUAGAGGAAGCUGUUCAGUCUUCAAAAGUCCACCUGUUGUCAACGGAUCACUUUACUGGGAUCAGCAACACCUGGCGGAUACCCUUUGACCCCAGUCUCAAGGAAGUCACAGUUGCCCUCAGUGGCCUGGCACCUGACAUCCAGAUUACAAACCCCCAAGGGAAGAUCAUGGGGAAGAGUGAUGGUCUGACAGAGCUCUUGCACAUUCCCAACUCUGCCAAAGUCGUCAACAUCAAGGACCCGCAGCCCGGGAUGUGGUCUAUCAAGACUUCUAGUGAAGGAAGACACUCAGUUCGUAUCUCAGGCCUGAGCGGUAUUGACUUCCGCGCUGGGUUUUCCCGAAAACCCACCCUGGAUUUCAAAAAGACUAUCAGUCGCCCAGUUAAAGACGUUCCCGCCCACAUCUUGCUGAACACCACUGGGCUUUCUCCUCCUGCGCGUCCUGACAGGCUGGAGCUCUUGGCAAUCACAGGCAGAGUUAUUAAAACGCUGCCAAUCCGCUACUACCCUGAACGCCAACCAUACGGCCUCUGGAAUAUCACUGAUUUUAUUCCACCGAAUGACGCUUUCUUCCUGCGGGUGACAGGAUAUGACCAGAAUGGCUUUCUUUUCCAGAGGGUCUCCAGUGUGUCCUUCUCAAGUAUUAUACCAGAUGCCCCCAAGGUGCUGAUGCCAGCCACAACUCAUGGUUAUUAUCUCCAGAAAGGGGCUGUUCGAUGUCAAGUGGAUAGCCUGAUUCCAUUCACGUUGCGCUUCAGCCGAGAUGGAAGACGACUCGGAGUGGAUCAGCUAUUCGGGGAGUCUGACAGAGCAGCAUGGGAGAUAGAAGAGGUGACUUUAAAGGAUGAAGGCUAUUACGAGUGUAUUGCUGUCAACGGUGCUGGGACAGGACGAGCUCGCACCUUCUUGGAUGUAUCAGAGCCGCCUCCUGCCAUCACAGUUCAAGGAAAUGUCACAGCUUCUCCGGGCACACGAGCUAUCCUCACCUGCCACGUUGCCAGCACAGUCAACUUCAACCUCACGUGGCUGAGAGAGGGCCUCGAUGCCCGUCUGGACCCUCGGCUACACGUCCUGACCAACCUCUCGCUUCAGGUGUCGGCUGUCACGCCAGAUCACUUAGGCUGGUACGAGUGUAUCGCAGUAAAUGAAGGAGGGAUGACAGCAGAGCGAGUCUACCUCACUGUGCAAGAGAUGCCUAGAGUCACAGUGGAACCUCGAAACCAGACAUUUACAAUAGGAGAAGAAGUGAAGAUAAGGUGCUCAGCCAGUGGCUACCCACCACCCCGCUUGGUCUGGACACACAAUGACAUGUUUAUCACGGCAUCAAACAGACACAGAAUGACACCUGACGGCACUUUAACAAUAAGAAACAUUGUGAAGAUGGAUGGAGGCAUUUAUGGCUGCUUGGCCAGCAAUCAAGCUGGAACUGACUCAAUGGCUUCCAUCAUCACUUACAUAGAAUCUCCUGUGGUGAAAGUGGCUGCUGAUGAUCUUCUCAUUGGCAUUGGAGAAACCACCGUCAUGGCCUGUUCUGCAUCUGGAAUCCCUCAUCCUGAGAUUUGGUGGUACAAAGGGGAUGUCCAAUUCCAUACAACACAAUCAGUGGACGUAGAUGCACUGGCAGGUAUUUUGACCAUCAAAAAUACCCAGGAAGUUAAUGCUGGAGACUACACCUGUGUGGCUGUCAACACUGCCGGCACCUCGUCAGGAAAAGUUUUGCUUGAUGUCGGAGCUGGACCAAAGUUCACUCAAGAACCCUUGGACACGGCGGUGGACAUCGGCUCCAACGUGACACUACCAUGCCAAGCCCAAGGCCAUCCAGAGCCACAGGUCACCUGGAGGAGACAAGACGGUGUGCCCCUUUUCCACACGCAUCACAGGCACAGCACCAUCACUCAGAGCAGAGGAGGUCUUCAUAUCACCAACCUGUGGGUGGAGGAUGAGGCAGAAUAUGUCUGUGAGGCUUUCAACCAUUUUGGCAAGAUCCAGACCCAAGCCAGCAUCACUGUGACAGGACUAGUGUCGCCUAUCAUUGCAAUGAGUCCAGCUGUGAUCAAUGUGAUAGAGGACCGCCAGGUGACAUUACCCUGUGUGCUGUUGGCUGGAAAUCCACUGCCUGAGAGACAAUGGCUGCACAACUAUGGUCUUUUGACCUCAGAUGAAUAUGUGACUGUGAGGAGAGAUGGGAGUCUGCACAUCGAGAGAAUUAAGCUGGAUGACGCUGGUGACUACACCUGCUUGGCUGAGAACGUCGUCGGAGCCGCGAACCACACGACACUCGUCAACGUCUAUGUGAUUCCGACCUUUCAGCAUGGCCCUCAAGUGUUCAGCACUAUUGAAGGGACGCCCAUAUCUCUGCCCUGCCGUGCCAGUGGGGUACCUACACCCGAGAUCACCUGGUCUAAGGGUGGGGAGCUUGUUUACUUGGGUGGUCCGGCUUUCUCCCUGGACUCUGAAGGCAGCCUGCUCAUCGCCUCACCCUCUGGAAAUGAGACAGGAGAGUUCCUCUGCACAGCUGCCAAUGAUGCCGGCCACACCUCGAGAAAAGUCCAGCUCACUGUCUAUGUCCGCCCGAGGUCCAAUGUUGGAAGUGCCGGCAGCUCCACGGAGCAGUCAAGAAUGUCAGUGAUUCAGGGUGAGGAUGCUAUUUUACCAUGUGAGGUCCAAAGUGUGCCACCACCCACUAUUACCUGGGCCAAGGAAAGACAGCUCAUCUCCCCUUACUCUCCAAGGCACACUCAGCUGUCCUCAGGCUCAUUGAAGAUCCUAGAAACCAAAUUGUCAGACAGUGGACUUUAUGUGUGUGUUGCCUCCAACAUUGCAGGCAAUAUGACUCAACUUAUUGACCUGAGAGUUUUGGUGCCCCCCAGUAUCCAAGCUGGUCCCAAAGUUGUGAAGGUCCAGAUGGGUCAUCCUGUCGAGCUCCUAUGUAUAGUACAAGGGUUACCCAAGCCCAGCCUUGCCUGGACGAAAGAUGACAGGAGGUACCCCGUGUCACCUGAUGGUAGUCUGAUUUUGGGACAAGUGGGGCUGGGUGAUGAAGGAACCUACACUUGUACGGCAUCCAACAUUGCAGGCAAAGAUGAAGCUCAAGUUCAACUAUUAGUACAAGUUCCCCCAGUGGUUGAAGUCCUGGAGCCCCCAUUCAAUAGUCAUCUGCAGGAGAGAGUUGCCAACCAACGUAUUGCUUUCCCCUGCCCUGCAAAAGGUCUUCCCAAGCCAGUAAUUCGAUGGUUGCGCAACGGUCAGGAGCUGACCGGUAACGAGCCUGGUGUGUCCAUCAUGGAGGAUGGCACACUGUUGAUUCUGGCAUCUUUGUCCCCCCUGGACGACGGGGAGUAUGUCUGUGCUGCCGCCAAUGACGUCGGGUCCACUGAGAGGAAGUACCAGCUCAAAGUCAAUGUGCCCCCAACUCUCCGUGACAGUGACACGUCAGGAAAUAUGUCCGUGGUUCAGAGCCAGCCUACCACUUUGGUCUGUGACAUCACUGGAAGUCCAAUCCCAGUUAUCACCUGGUACAAACAUGGAAUUACUGUACUGACGAGUAACAGCAUUCAGAUUCUUGAUAUGGGGAAAAAGUUGAAACUACUGAAGGCAGCCGAAGCCGAUGCUGGCAGCUACACCUGUAAAGCAAUCAACAUUGCUGGCAGCACAGAAAAAUACUUCUUUGUGGAUGUACUGGUCCCACCGACCAUUGCAGAGUCAGAUUCUCCACAAGAUAUGUCAGGAAUCCUCAAACAGGAGAUCAUGUUGGAGUGCAAAGUGCAAGGAGUACCAUUCCCGACAAUCCAGUGGUACAAGGACAGAAAACUGAUAUUUCUUGGGGAUCCUAAUCUGGAAGUCACCAACAAAGGUCAAAUUUUAAGAAUAAAGAGUGCCCGUCUAGGUGACCAGGCCAGGUACCAAUGUAGUGUCAUGAAUACAGCUGGCAAACAGUCCAAGGAUUUCAAUCUCAGCGUGUAUGUUCCCCCAACCAUCAAAGGUGGUAACCAAACAACAGAAGUUACCAACUUGCUGGACACGGUGGUAACACUAGAGUGUGAGGCACGGGGGGUACCACUUCCCACCAUCACCUGGUUCCGAAAAGGAGAGGCCAUCCUGUCUAGCCGCCAGUCUCAGUAUGUAGAGCAAGGCCGUUACCUAAAAAUUCCUCGGGUGCAGGCGCCUGACGCAGGCCAGUACACCUGCAAGGUGACCAGUGUGGCUGGUUUUGCUGAGAAGAACUUUGAGCUUGAUGUCUACCUGCCUCCUUCAAUAGCAGGGUUGGAGAGUGGGCCCACUGAAAAAAAGGUGGUCCUCAGUAAGCCUCUCCUCCUGGAGUGUGAGGCAGGUGGUUAUCCUCCGCCUUCCCUUACCUGGUUGAAGGAUGGAGUUCCUGUCCGCGAUGGAGAGAGUGUCCGUGUGCUUGAUCAAGGAAAGAAAAUAGAAAUCCUGUCAGCCAUGGUGUCAGACUCUGGUCGUUACGUUUGUGUAGCAACCAGCAUUGCCGGAGAGACGGAGGUCAAGUACGAUGUCAGAGUUUUGGUGCCACCUUUUAUUGAUGGAGCAGAUGAAGGGACUGACAGCACAGUGAUAAUCAACAGUCCUCUGGAACUGGACUGUCACGCCACUGGGACACCUGCACCUGUCAUCACGUGGUAUAAAGAUGGACAACGAAUCAGUCAGGACGAGGGCUUGCGGCUCGCAACCAACGGGUGGCGACUGGUUAUUCCUCGCACUCAGGUCUCUGACACAGGUCGCUUUCAGUGUGUGGCAACCAAUGAAGCAGGAGAGCACGAGAAGGACUUCAAUGUGAUUAUACAUGUACCUCCAUCCAUUCGCACCACUGGGACCGCUGACCGUGCAGUGGUUCUACAUAAACCUAUCAGUCUGGAGUGUAUCUCCAGUGGCGUCCCUCCCCCCACCAUUACCUGGCUGAAAGAUGGUCGACCCGUUGAUACGUCACAGGAGCACUUUAAGCUGGUGUCAGCAGACAGGGUGCUAAAGGUCACGGGGGCAAGACAAGAGGAUUCUGGGAAAUACACCUGUCUGGCCACAAAUGCUGCUGGUGAAGCUCAAAAGAACAUAAGACUCAGUGUCCAUGUGCCCCCAACAAUUGCCCCCUCUGGAGAAAGCAUCAACCAGACCAUCCUGUCGGGCUUCUCUACUCAGCUUGAGUGCAAGGCCACAGGCAGCCCAUUACCUGCAAUAACAUGGUACAAAGAUGGCCGACCUCUGACAAGCGCAGCUGGGAUGACAAUGCUGAAGCGGGGCCAGGUGCUGGAGAUUGAAAGAGCCCAGCUAUCUGACACUGGGAUGUACAGAUGUGUAGCAGUCAACUUGGCUGGAGCUGCAGAGAUAUCCCACAGCUUGCAGGUGUUCGUGCCUCCGCUCAUCUCCAGCCGAGGUGGCACGGUAACCGUGGUAGUGAACGAGCCGGGCAAGCUGGAAUGUGAGGCCACCGGGGUGCCUUUACCUAACCUCACCUGGCUCAAAGACGGUAGCCCUGUGGCAAGCGUGUCUCAUGGCAUACAGGUCUUGUCUGGUGGCCGAGUGCUGUCUGUGAACAGUGCACAGGUGAGUGACACAGGCAGGUACACCUGUGUCGCUGUCAACGCUGGAGGAGAACAACAAAGGGAUUAUGAUCUGAGGGUUUAUGUGCCACCCAACAUCAAGGGCGAAGAGAUGAACGCCACUGUGAUGCUCGGUAGUCCUGUGGAGCUGCACUGCGUGAGUGAUGCCAUCCCCCCACCAACUCUGUCGUGGCGCAAAGAUGGCCGCCCGCUGUUCCGGAAGCCCGGUCUGACUGUCACGGCAGAUGGCAGUUUGCUCAAGGUUGACAGUGCUGAGGUUCAGGACUCUGGCAGAUACACGUGCGAAGCCACUAAUGUUGCUGGGAAAACUGACAAGAACUAUAACGUGAAUGUGUUGGUCUCUCCCAGUAUUCGCGGCUCAGAGGAGGUGUCACCGUUCACAGUGAUUGAAGGAAGUCUCAUCACUCUGGUGUGUGAAUCCAGUGGAAUACCACCACCCAGUCUGAGCUGGAGGAAGGAUGGCGCAGCACUCCGAUCCGACCAGCGAGUCAGGGUUUUAUCAGGAGGUCGUCAGCUCCAGAUCUCAAGUGCUGAGCAAACAGAUACAGCUUCUUAUGUCUGUACAGCCUCCAGCGCAGCAGGCAGCACUUCUAAGGAGUACAGUCUCCAGGUUUAUGUCCGGCCUUCCAUCAGACGCAGCGAGGAAGAUGCGGAUGACGUUAUUGUGACAAAAGGAGGUGAUCUGAUGCUGCAGUGCGCCGCAGACGGUGUGCCACGACCAGCAGUCACUUGGCUAAAAGACGGACGGCCCAUCACAAGCCAGCAUGGUGCCAAGGUUCUUAAUGAGGGGAGGGUGCUGCAGAUUAAAGAUGCAAAAGUCGCAGAUACGGGACGCUACACCUGUAUUGCUGUUAAUGUGGCAGGGCAGGUGGACAGCAAGCAUGACAUCAGUGUGCAUGUGCCUCCAACUAUUAUUGGUCCGUUUCAAUUUCCAGAAAAUGUCAGUGUUGUUGUAAAGAAUCCAGUUGCUCUAAGCUGUGAGGCUUCUGGCAUUCCUCUCCCGGCCAUCACCUGGCUUAAGGACGGUCGGCCAAUUAAAGGGAGCAGUUCUGUUCGUGUACUCUCAGGUGGGCGGAGCCUGCGUCUAAUGCACGCUGCAGUAGAGGAUGCUGGGAGGUACACCUGCAUUGUAUCAAACAGUGCUGGCGAAGGGAAGAAGGAUUUUGACCUUGACAUCCUCGUUCCACCGAGCUUUGUGGCAGAAAAAAGUGUUACUGACACAAAAGUGAAGGAGAAGCAUAACAUUACUCUGACCUGUGAGGCCUCAGGUAACCCACUUCCUGAGAUUAAAUGGCUAAAAGACGGGCAACGACUACUACCUGACAGGCGCCACCAUGUCUUGUCUCAUGGUCGUUACCUCCAAAUUUCUGGUGCCCAGGUGGCUGACACUGGCAGGUACAGUUGCCUGGCAUCGAACAGUGCAGGGGAUCGCAGUCGCCAUUUCAACCUCAAUGUCCUGGUUUCUCCCACCAUUGCUGGGUCAGGACCGGAUGGUUCCGCAGAGGAGGUGACAGUAACGCUCAGCAGCCCCACCUCUCUGGUAUGUGAAGUUCAGUCUUACCCUCCUGCACUGAUCACCUGGCUCAAAGACGGCACUGCUUUUGAGUCCAGCCGUAGCGUCCGAGUUCUUCCAGGUGGGCGCACGCUGCAGAUUCUCAGUGCAAAAGAAGAGGAUGCUGGGAGAUACACCUGUGUCGCCACUAAUGAGGCUGGAGAGACACUGAAACACUUUGAGGUCAAAGUCCAUGUUCCACCACAGAUUAAUAAAAAUGAUAUCCCAGGCGAAGGACUGGCCCCUAAAGAUGUCAAGGUCAAAGUCAACGGCACACUUACUCUGGAAUGUGCUGCUCAGGCCUUUCCAACUCCAGCACUGCAGUGGUACAAGGACGCACAGAUCCUUCGGGCAGAUGAGCAUGUGUCCAUCACAGCUAACGGCCGUAUCCUUCAGAUCAAACAUGCUCAGGUGUCCGACACAGGCCGCUACACCUGCGUCGCCACAAAUGUAGCUGGAGAGGACGAGAAGGACUUUGAUGUAAAUAUACAAGUUCCUCCUAAUUUCAGCAAACCUGGUGGAGCUGGUGACUCAACAUCGCCCUUUGGCUUCGGAGUAGACGCUCGCGAUGUGAUACUCAAUAAUCCAAUAUCUUUGUAUUGCGAGACCAAUGCUGUCCCCCCUCCGACACUCACCUGGUUCAAAGAUGGGCAUCCACUGGCCUCCAAUGACAACAUUCUGAUCCUGCCAGGGGGAAGAGUUCUACAGAUCCCCAGGGCUCAGGCAGAGGACGCUGGCAGAUACACAUGUGUGGCUGUCAAUGACGCCGGAGAAGACUCAAUUCAGUAUGACGUUAGAGUAUUACUGCCCCCAACUUUACGAGGAACACACAGCGAUUUGCCUGAUGAGGUGACCGUGUUGGCGAAUAAAACAACAUUACUGGAAUGCCAUGUGGACGGAAACCCAGCCCCUAAGAUCACCUGGUUUAAGGACAGCGACCCCGUCAGCCCCAAAGGACCUCAUAAGAUUUUGUCCAAUGGCAGAACACUUCAGGUUUUGACUGCUCAAGUGACUGACACAGGACGCUAUGUGUGUGUGGCUGACAAUGUAGCUGGAAGCGUUGAAAAAUCGUUCAAUCUCAAUGUUCACGUUCCUCCUACUAUAUUAGGCCUGAAUCCUGAGAAUGUGACAGUGGUGGUCAACAACUUUGCAUCUCUCUCGUGUGAAGCAACUGGUUUCCCCCCUCCUACAUUGAGUUGGUUCAAUGACAGGGGUCCAAUUCAGGGAAACACCAAUGCACUGAUUAUGCCGGGUGGUCGUACUUUACAGAUCAUGAAAGCCAAAGUAUCAGAUGGAGGAAAGUACACCUGUGUUGCUAUGAAUGCAGCAGGAGAGGCUUACAAGAGCAUCUACCUCACCGUCUUUGUUCCUCCGAGUAUCCGGGACAGUAACGGGGACUCUCCUGUGGUUUGGACUGUACUGGCUGGGAAAUCCAUAACUCUUGACUGUGAGUCCAAUGCGGUACCUCCUCCCACUGUCACCUGGUACAAGAAUGGUAGGACGGUGACAGAAUCAGACAACCUGCGCAUGCUGGCAGGGGGUCACAAGCUUCAGAUCAGAGUCUCAGAGGUGUCUGAUACGGGACAAUAUGUGUGCAAGGCCACCAACAUUGCUGGCCAGGCGGACAAGAACUUCCACUUGAAUAUUUAUGUUCCUCCUAGUAUCGAUGGCCCAGCUGAGGAGAAAGUUGUGGAAACCAUUACUAACCCAGUGACCUUCGCUUGUGAUGCUACAGGGAUCCCUCUUCCCAGUCUCACAUGGCUAAAAAAUGGACAACCAUUGGAAAACUCAGGUUCUUUGGAAAUGCACAUCUUCUCUGGAGGCAGCAAGCUCCAGAUUGCUCGUUCUCAGGUGUCAGACAGUGGCGCGUAUACGUGCUUGGCCUCCAAUGUGGAAGGCAACGCUCAGAAAAACUACUACCUCACCAUACAAGUCCCUCCCAGUAUCUCAGGGUCAGAGCUGCCCAGUGAUAUCGGAGUCCUGCUCAAUGAAAGCAUACAGUUGGUUUGUCAAGUUCAGGGAUCCCCAACGCCAACCAUCAAAUGGUUAAAGGAUGGGAAAGUCAUCGACAAAGCAGGGAAUAAUGGGUUAAGGAUCAGCCCAGAUGGCAGCAUUCUCACUUUGACUGCCUCACACACCACUGACAGUGGCAAGUACACCUGCGUUGCCUCCAACAGCGCAGGAGAAGAAGACCGGAUAUUCAACUUGAAUAUAUAUGUUCCCCCUGUGAUCGAAGGAAACAGUCAAAAAGUUGAGGAGAUGACAGCAGUCCUGGACAGCUCAGUCAACAUCGAAUGUGUCGCUGCUGGUUCCCCUGCACCGCAGCUUAAUUGGCUGAGAAAUGGCCUCCCACUUCCAGUGUCUACACACAUACGCCUGCUCUCUGCUGGCCAGGUGAUCCGGAUUGCCCGUACCCAACUAUCAGAUGGCGGAACCUACACCUGCGUGGCGUCCAACAGAGCAGGAGUUGACAACAGACAUUAUAACCUGCAGGUGCAUGUCCCUCCUGUUCUGGAUGGAGUGGGAAGCACAGACGACGUGACUGUUGUCAGAGGAAACUUGGCUUCUCUGCUCUGUUUAUCUGAUGGAACCCCAACCCCGUCUGUCGCCUGGCUCAAAGACGGGGAGCCCUUAUCUUUUGACACCAAUUUGAAAUUACUCAACCAUAACAGUACCGUGCGGAUCCUCAAGGCUGAAGUCAGUGACACGGGACACUACACCUGUAUUGCGAGCAACACUGCAGGGCAAGCAAGCCGUCACUUUCAUUUAAAAGUGCUUGACCCUCCGCAAAUCAAGGCCUCUGGUGUACCAGCAGAAGUUUCUGUGGUGGUUAAUAAUGUACUGGAGCUUCAAUGUGAAGCCUCGGGUGUCCCUCCGCCAUCCUUGACAUGGCUGAAGGACGGACGUCCUCUCCCACAGACAGACCACCUGCGACUUCUACAAGGAGGAGAAGUUCUCCGCGUGACCUCUGCACAGUUGGAGGACACUGGCAGAUACAGCUGCUUAGCCAGCAGCCCAGCGGGCGAUGAUGACAAAGAGUUUUUAGUGCGCGUGCAUGUUCCUCCCAACAUUGCAGGGGAGAGUAUUCCCCAGGACAUGUCGGUGUUGCAGAACAGACAGGUGACUCUGGAGUGCAAGUCGGACGCUGUUCCACCUCCGACUCUGAUCUGGCUCAAAGAUGGGCAACCCCUGCAGGUGUCUGCACGUGUGCGUGUUCUCUCAGAGGGUCGCUACUUACAGGUCAACAUGGCGGAGCUUAAUGAUAGGGCUCAGUACACCUGCGUGGCCAGUAACAUCGCUGGCAAGACCACGCGACAGUUCAACCUGACUGUCAAUGUGGCCCCAACAAUUAAAUCUGGCCCUCAGACAGUGUCAGUGCAUAUCAACAAGUCAGCUGUACUGGAGUGUACUGUAAGCGGUGUACCGGCACCUCGCGUCACUUGGAGGAAACAUGGAGCCAUAUUGGCGGGAAAUAACCCCAGGUACACAUUUAUGGAAGAUGGCUCGUUACACAUCCACUCUGCGCAGGUGACCGACACCGGCCGCUACUUGUGUAUGGCAACAAACCCCGCCGGGACACAACGCAAGAGAGUAGAUCUUCAAGUAUAUGUGCCUCCCUCUAUCGUUGAUGGCCGUACCAACGUGACGGUGACAGUCAAUGUUCAGACCACCCUGGGCUGUGAGGCCAGUGGCAUACCCAGGCCAUCUGUGAGCUGGAUGAAGAACGGUCGGGCCAUCAACACUGACCAAAACCAGAAUAUGUACAGAUUACUUUCAUCUGGUUCCCUGGUAGUGAUCGCACCCACAGUGGAGGACACGGCUUUGUAUGAGUGUGUUGUCUCCAAUGAGGCAGGAGAAGAUUCUAGAGCCAUCAACCUCACUGUCCAGGUUCCGCCAUCAAUAGCUGAUGAACCAACAGAGCUGGUUAUCACAAGGUUGUCCCCAGUGGUCAUUGCCUGUAGUGCAUCUGGCGUGCCGGAGCCCACAAUCCACUGGAGCAAAGAUGGCUUCAAGCUGCCUGAACAGGGGCAAGGAUACAGCAUCCUGAACUCAGGUCAAGUAGAGAUAACCUCAGCUGACCUGAAUCAUGCAGGACGCUACUCCUGCACAGCAAAGAAUGCUGCAGGAUCCACGCACCGCCAUGUGCAACUCACAGUACAGGAGCUCCCUGUGAUUCAUUCUCACCCAUCCACCCAGGAUGUGAUCCUCAAUAAUGCCAUUGUUCUGCCCUGCAGAGCCACAGGCUCACCGAGGCCUACUAUCACCUGGCAGAAGGAGGGCAUUAAUAUACCCACCACAGGUGGACAUUUCACAGUACUACCUAAUGGAAGUCUACAGAUCACCAGGGCGUCCGUGUCCAACUCUGGAACGUACAUAUGCGUGGCUCAAAACCCUGCAGGGACAGCGCUUGGCAAAACCAAAGUCAGAGUACAGGUCCCUCCUGUCAUCAGCUCAGAAACCCAAAAAUACACGGCACCUGUGGAUUCCUCCGUGACGCUGCAUUGCCAAAAUGACGGCGUCCCUGCCCCAUCCGUCGCAUGGCACAAAGACGGGCAGCCCCUGACUGAAUCUGUACGUCAGCGUGUGCUUGGUUCAGGCUCCCUACAGAUCGCCUUCGUCCAGCCAAGCGAUACGGGGCGAUACACUUGUACCGCUGCCAAUGUUGCAGGAACAAUGAGUCUGGAGAUGAGCCUGACUGUACAAAUUCCUCCCUCAAUUCUUGGUUUUGAGGAAGAAGUGGUUGUGAUGGAAAAUAAUCAAGCCCAGCUGGCAUGUGUGGCGAAGGGAGUCCCUCAGCCGACCCUCUCUUGGGAGAAGGACGGUGUUCCUCUAGGAGAGGGUACCGGGGAGUACACCAUUUUGCCUUCCGGGGAGCUGGUUAUUGAUACUGCUCAGCCUGGUGAUGCAGGCAGUUAUACAUGUGUUGCCACCAAUGAAGUGGGUCAGGACAGUCAGACAGUGACCCUGUCUGUUCAUACUCACCCUGUCUUCACUGAGCUGCUUGGAGAUGUCUCCCUCAAUAAGGGAGAGCGCCUCCUGCUGGCCUGUGGAGUUAGUGGCAUCCCCCUGCCCCGGAUUACAUGGGCCUUCAACAACAACAUCAUUCCAGUCGUUCACUAUGACCACAUGAAUGGUCACAGUGAGUUGGUGAUCGGGAGAGUGAGUAAAGAGGAUGCAGGCACUUACACCUGUGUGGCAGAAAACCCCGUUGGAACCAUCAAGUCUCUGGGCUUUGUCUAUGUCAAAGAGCCUCCCAUCGUUGAUGGCGACCUUCACUCCAAUCGCAUCGAACCUCUGGGCGGAAACGCCAUCCUGAACUGUGAAGUUCGGGGAGAACCACUACCCACCAUCCAGUGGAGCAAAAAUGGAAUAAACAUGCAGAUCAACAACCGCAUCCGUCAAAUGGACAAUGGUUCUCUGGCCAUAUAUGGCACUGUGAGCGAAGAUGCAGGCAACUACAUUUGUGUGGCAACAAAUGAUGCUGGUAUUGUGGAAAGAAGUGUCACGCUCACCUUACAGAGCGCCCCCACCAUCAUAGUUGAGCCUGUAACAUCGAUGGUGGAUGCCGGCACUACAGUGGUGCUCAACUGCCAGGCGGAGGGUGAACCAAUCCCUGUGAUAGAAUGGUCCAGCCAAGGGCGUCCUCUUUUGGGCAGGGAGCACUUCUCCACUCUGUCCAACGGGUCCCUCAGGAUAAAGAGUGUCCAGAAAGAGGACACAGCUGAAUAUGAAUGUGUGGCGAGAAACCUGCUUGGAUCCGUUCUGGUUCGGGUUGGGCUCACUGUUCAAGUCCAUGGGGGCUACUCAGAGUGGGCCGAGUGGGGCCCUUGCAGUCUGACCUGUGGGGUUGGUUCUCAGAAGAGGCAGAGACAAUGUAACAAUCCUCUGCCGGCCAAUGGAGGGCGCCACUGUGCAGGAUCAGGUAUAGAGACACGCAGUUGUCAAGGGAAGCCUUGUCCAGUUGACGGUAACUGGUCCGAGUGGUCUUCAUGGGAGGAAUGCUCUCGGAGCUGUGGUCAGGGCAACAGAACAAGAGUGCGGACUUGCAGCAACCCGCCAGCUCAGAAUGGAGGAAGGCCAUGUGAGGGGAGGGCUGUUGAAGUCAUCAUGUGCAGCGUCCGACCUUGUCCAGUGGCAGGUGCCUGGGGGCCUUGGCUACCUUGGAGCCCAUGCAGUGAGACCUGUGGAAAAGGUAUGCAGACCAGAAUCCGGUUGUGUAACAACCCCCCUCCAGCGUUCGAUGGGUCACCGUGUGAAGGCACAGACACUCAAACACAGGUGUGCAAGGAGCGACCGUGUCCUGUGGAUGGGAAGUGGUCAUCGUGGGUGAGCUGGGGAGCCUGCAGUGUUUCCUGUGCAGGUGGGACGCGACAGAGAACCCGACUAUGUGCUAACCCUGCCCCGCAACAUGGUGGCAGGCAGUGUGAAGGCAACGACGUGCACAUUGACUUCUGUAAUAGCGACCCCUGCCCAGUGAGCGGAAACUGGGGUCCAUGGAGCAGCUGGGGCAGCUGCAGCAAGACAUGUAACGGAGGGCAGAUGAGACGCUACAGGACAUGUGACAAUCCGAGACCGGCCAAUGGCGGCCGAGCAUGUGCAGGCUCGGAUGCACAGAUACAGAGAUGCAACACGGCCACAUGCCCUGUUGAUGGUAACUGGGGAUCGUGGCAGUCGUGGGGAGAAUGCUCUGCUUCGUGUGGAGGUGGAGAGAAAACCCGCAUGCGACUUUGUAAUUACCCGUCGCCAAGCUACGGUGGUCGUCUGUGCCCGGGAGACACCUCCCAGCUUUCCAGGUGUAACAUUGAGGCCUGUCCAGGCGGGCCCCAAAUGGCACGAGGUAGCAUUGCGGGAAACAUCAACGAUAUCGAGUUUGGCAUCGCCAUACUGAACGCCACCGUCACAGACACAAUAUCUGGCGGAAGAUUCAUCAAAGCGUCUAUUUCAAACAUCCCGCGAUCGUUAGGGCCUGCGAUGAGGAAGCUCAUCUCCAUCCUGAAUCCGAUCUACUGGACCACUGCACAGGAAGUAGGAGAGGCCGUCAACGGGUACACGCUCACAGGCGGCGUCUUCAGGAGAGAAACACAGGUGGAAUUUGCCACAGGUGAGAUUCUGAGGAUGACCCACAUUGCCCGUGGCCUUGACUCAGACGGUGCGUUGUUGCUGGACAUCGCAGUGAACGGCCAUAUCUUGCAGCUGCCUUCACAUGUGGACAUCAGCGUCAAGGACUACACGGAGGACUACAUCCAAACAGGUCCGGGCCAAAUCUACGCUUUAUCUACUCGAAUGUUCAGCAUCGACAGGGAGAGCGUUCCUUACUCCUGGAAUCACACCAUCUCCUACGACGUGUCCAAGGGUAAAAUGCCCUACCUGGUCGAGACGCUUCAUGCGACGGCCGUCAACGCUCGGUACCACCCCUUGGAGGAAGUGCUGGAGUACGACAUCCAAGCUAGUAUCAGCAAGGGUGAUCGCAGCAACCAGUGUCCUAAUGGGUUCACUUUGGUCCCUGCAGGGCCGUACUGUGCAGAUGAGAACGAGUGUGAGGUCGGGAGCCCCUGUUCUCACGCGUGCCACAACGCCAUGGGCACCUACUACUGCUCUUGUCCCCGUGGUCUCACCAUAUCAGCUGACGGCAGGACGUGUCAAGAUAUUGAUGAGUGUUCACUGGGGGCGAACGUGUGUCAUGACGGACAGGACUGCGAGAACACUAUCGGAUCGUACCGCUGCAUGAUGCGCUGUGGCCGCGGUUUCAGGAGAACAGCCGAUGGCCUGAGUUGCACAGAUAUAAACGAGUGCCGGGAGUCCAAUCCUUGCAAUCAACACUGCCUCAACACUAUUGGAAGUUAUCGCUGCACCUGUGAGCCUGGCUUUCAACUCAGGAACCGACGCUGUGUUGACAUAAAUGAAUGCAGGCAGAGGGUUUGUCGUUCCGACCAGCAGUGUAAAAACACCCGUGGUGGUUACAGCUGUAUCGACCUGUGCUCCGCUGGCAUGACCAAGGGUGCCAACGGGACGUGUGUAGACAUGGACGAGUGCAGAGACGGCACCCAUCAGUGCAGAUAUAACCAGAUCUGUGAAAACACCAGAGGUAGUUACCACUGCGCCUGUCCACGUGGCUACAGAUCUCAGGGACUGGGCCGACCUUGUUUGGAUAUAAAUGAAUGUGACAGGCUCCCUCAGCCCUGUGCCCACCAGUGCGUCAACACUCCGGGCAGCUUUAAGUGCACCUGCCCAACGGGGCGCCACCUGCUGGGUGACGGCAAGUCCUGUGCCGGGCUUGAGCGCCUGCCAAGUUACGAGAGUUACUCGUACGGCUUCCGAACAUCCCAGUCCUCACCUGAGCGCAGACCCAACCACCGCCACUACCACAACAUGGCCUCGCACAGCUAUCACUCCUACGGGGGGCGUGGCCGCAGAGGAGCCCCCAUAAACGCCUCACGCCAGGGACCCCCGGCUUGUCAGGAGGGGUUUGUGUCAAGGGAUGGUCGCUGCUUAGAUAUCAACGAAUGUGAGGUGAGAGAUGCUUGCCAACACGAGUGUAUGAACACACCAGGGAGCCACAGGUGUCUUUGCCCAGCUGGUUACAAUCUCAUGACUAACGGCAAGACGUGCCAAGAUAUAGACGAGUGUCUCGAGCAGAACAUCCAGUGUGGCGCUAACCGCAUGUGUUUCAACAUGAGAGGAAGUUUCCAGUGCAUCGACACACCAUGUCCACCAAACUACCAGAGAGAGCCCACCACAGGGUUUUGUCUGAAGAAGUGUCCUCCAAACGACGUGGAGUGCGCGAUGAGUCCUUACGCGCUGGAGUACAAGCUGCUUUCUCUUCCCUUUGGCAUCGCAGCCAACCAGGACCUCAUCCGACUGGUGGCCUACACGCAGGACGGCGUGAUGCACCCUCGGACCACCUUCCUGGGGGUGGACGAGGAUGUCACCUUACCUUUCGCCCUGCGCGACGAGAACCUCAAGGGGGUGCUGUUCACCACGCGGCCUUUGCAGGAGCCUCACACGUACCGCAUGAGGGUGCGAGCCCUCUCCUACAGCGAAGGCGGGGCCAUCGAGUACCAGACCACCUUCAUUGUCUACAUCGCCGUCUCAGCCUACCCUUACUGAGAACACUUUAAACGGCGCCGGACUAAAAGUGCGUGCCACACAGCUGGAAUACGUCGAGUCUACGAUGAGAAUGAACUGAGGAAAACAGACUCCAGCGAGGGCCAAUGAGAGCAAAGCUUUUACAGCGGGGACAAAACAAGCCAUGACUAUUUAUUUGCUAUAUUUUAUGCUAUAAUGUUUGUAUCGUUUUCUCCUGUCACACAAAAAUGUCUUUUCUUCCCCCCCCCCCCCAAAAAAAAUGUUUAACGCUGAUAAGAAAACAACAAACAAACUGCAGAAGACACUGGCUUUCACUACAGGAAGUUGAAAUAUUUCAAGUUAGACCUUUGUUGUAGUUUAAAGUUAAAGUUAAAGUACCACUGAUAGUCUCACACACACUAGGUGUGGUGAAAUUAUCCUCUGCAUUUGACCCAUCCCCUUGUUCCACCCCCUGGGGGGUGAGGGGAGCAGUGAGCAGCAGUGGUGGCCGCGCUCGUUUGAUAGCAUUGGGGUCAGGACUUUCACCAUCUUCCACACCAAACUCAUCCAACCUUCAGGCUUUAAGGAUCUUUAGUUUUCUUGGCUUUGUGGAUUCAAGGGAAACUGCGACACACACACACACACAUACGGGCUAUCAUUUGGAAUGAGGACCAAGUUUUUGAUCAUCACUUGUGGGGACCACACUUUCUACAGUUUGUAGAGGCAUAAAAAAAUUAGGUAAAAUGGCCACUAGCUCAUACACGUCUUUAAAUCUCUGGAUUGAUGAAGUAAUGUGCUGAUCAUUCUUACUGGGGACCCUGGGGAAAAAGAGUUAAUAUGGUUCAUGGGGACCAAAUUUUAAUAAUUUUGAAUAAUUCACACAAAUUUGUUUGUGACUACUGAGGACCGUUUAAAGAAAGAAAAAAAGUUAAAAUUAAAUAUGACAUGAUCCAGCGAGUGCAGUACCACCUACAGCCCGAUGAGGGGGCUGCUGUGCAAAUGUCUCACACUCAAACUAACCAGUAAACAUGUUUUAUGGGCCAAAGCUUAAAAAUCACUUAGGCAUCUUCAGAAUGGAUCUGACUAUCAUUUAAAAAAGGUUUUCCUUUAGGGGACCUGUUUUUUUGUCCCCAUACCGUCAGAGGUCCCCUAAAGGUGACUGGGUAAACCAGGGUUGUCAAACUCAAAUACAGAGUGGGCCAAAAUUUAAAACUGAACAAAGCCCCGGGCCAAGGUUGAACAAAUUAACUUUUUAAUAGGGACUAGAGAUGCGCGGAUAGGCAAUUAUUUCAUCCGCAACCGCAUCACAAAAGUCGUCAACCAUCCGCCAUCCACCCGAACUAACAUUUAAUCAAAACCGCACCCACCCGCCAUCCGCCACUCGCCCGUUGUUAUAUAUCUAAUAUAGACGAUGCAAGGCAUUAGUGAGGUUAUAAAGCUUUUGCCUGUUAAAGAAAGGAGACUGAUCCAAUGUUGCAGAGACAUUCAAUGCGUGCCACGCUGUCACGGCCCAGACGCACACCAGUGCGCAAUCAUCUGGGAGCCGCGCUGAGCGCACCUCCAAGCGCACUCGCGCCACUCAAACUGCUGCAGGCAGCUGCGUUCUAUCUUGUUUUAACAUCCUGUGGCACUUUUCUGGGAUCACGGCGGACGAAACUGCUCAUGCUCAGGGUGUUUGUGGAGUUUCGGGGUUUUGCACAAAUGUGAUGCACCAUGUUAGAUGUCCCGGUUUUGUGACUGUCGUAGACAUAAACAGCGUCGCAGCUCUUGCAAAUCACGUAGCCAGCAUUACUAUCAUCCUGAUUUACAACCUCAUAAAAACGAGUCCACGCUGAACUUUUCUGGCCUUUUUUUCCUCUGGUCUUUAGUAUUCCCUUUUUUAGUUUGUCGCGUACCACGUUUGCUGCCGGCGUUGCCAUCUCUUUUUUUUUUCUUCUUCUGUUGUGGCAUGCUGCAGGUGCCUGCUCGUUUUUCGUAUGUGGGUAACAACAUUUAACUAUGUAUAUAUAUUUCCGAAUUGGUUUAACUGCCAUCCGCCUGAAUCUAUUUAAAAUCUAAUUUUUUUUUAUUUCAACUGCCCGACCCGACCCGCGGAUAAAAUCUUUUUUUUAAUUUUAUUUCAACCGCCCGACCCGCGGAUAAUCCGCGGACUCCGCGGUUGUGUCCGCAAACCACGCAUCUCUAAUAGGGACCCAAACAAGUUUUGCAUUGAAUAUUGAACAAGCAAGGCUUACAUAACUUUAUAGUGACAUGCAAAAUCGAGUUUCAAAUAAUAAUAAUUAAAAGAUAUCAAUGGCAUAUCAAAUACAAUUUAAAUAAUGCCUUUUCUCUAUUUGCAGCCUUCUGAAGUAAAUAUCAACCUUAACUUUUUCCACAGGCUAAUAAAUUGGAAAAUAAAAUCACAAUGAAUAAAUCAACCAUUCAGGACUUUAAACUGCUCAGUUUGCAACACACUGAUCUAAUCUGAUGUACCCAAGCCAGAUACCUGCCAUCUUUUCUUGGAUGCUAGUUCAUUAAUGUCGGGGCUCAGGCUUUGAGCUGAGGCAACCUUCAUUAUCCAACGAAGUUGUUCAUCAGUCAUUAUAUCUCGUAGUCCACCCGGACCACAGUCUUGGGGGCGUGCCUUAAAGGCACUGCGUUUAACGUCCUCUACGAGCUGUCGUCACGUCUGCUUUUCAUCCAUUCUUACAACAUGCCGGCCCAGUCACAAGAUAUGUGCCGCUUCUAUACGCACACACACGUGAAUGCAAUGCAUAUUUGACCAACAGCGAUACAGGUUACACUGAGGGUGCCCGUGUAAAUAACUUUAGCACUGUUACAAAUACGCGCCACACUGUGAACCCACACCAAACAAGAAUGACAAACACAUUUCGGGAGAACAUCUGCACCGUAACACAACAUAAACGUCGGUUGAGGUGGGCGCAAUCACGUGUGCGUGCGUGCAGAAGCCGCACAUAUGUGACUGGGCCAGCAUUCGUUGGACUGGGUGAUAAGCGGAUGUGACGAUUUUCGGGAGGGGCACUGAAAUUUGGGAGUCUCCCGGGAGGUUUGGCAAGUAUGAGAAUUAGCGGUGAAUGCGGUGUUACCGUGGCACCGCCGCUGUAUUUAAUCGGCGGACCAGAUCUAGUGUUAAUUUGAUAUCACCUCAAGGGCCAAGUGGAAUUACACGGGCCAGAGUUUGACACCCGUGGUUUAAACAGAGCGAUGUCCCCAUUAAGUAAGCAUUGCCAGAACACACACACAUAUCCAAACUAUUUUCUGCUGACAGCCACAUACAGAAAAUUGUAUAUUCAUUUUUUGUUUAAUACACAAAAAUCACUACGGUGUAGGUGAUAUUUUUAACAUUCUCAUUGAUUAUAUGUAGGGAUGUAACGAUAAACAGCAUUAGCGAUAACCGCGGUUAAAACUGCAGACGCUUCGCAUUAAAAUAAUCGUAAUACAGCGCUGACGAACUCACGGACUGACUGGCAUGAAAACAAAGGACAUUAAUGUCUUUCUCCAAUAAGAAACAACAUACUCCGAUUUAAACUUAUUUAACCACAUUGCUGACCGAGGAACUAAGCUGGGUUGAAUUUACAAGCUGUGCUCUUUUAGAAGAGCGUGGUCAUUCUAUUGGGCGUGAAAGUGUGACAUGGAGAUUGAUUGAUUGAUUGAGACUUUUAUUAGUAGAUUGCCCAGUGAAGUACAUAUUCCGUACAAUUGACCACUAAAUGGUAACACCAGAAUACGUUUUUCAACUUGUUUAAAUCGGGGUCUACUUUAAUUGAUUCAUGAUACGCAAUGCAUCAUGGGUCUUACUGCAUGGGAAUAGCAUCUUUAUAUUGGGUUGAAUGCCGGACUCUGUCCUAAAAUCGUGUGUUUUACUUGAACAAGUUCCAAGUAUGUCAUAAACGUGCGGCAUAGUUUAAAUGCUACAAUGGUUGGCGUGAUUGCUUCAGGAAAAAAAAAAUUGGUGAGAUUUGUUUCAUUUCCAGCGCAGCAGCAAAGCCAAAGAUUGGAUAAUUAAGCUAAUUAAGAGAUGAUGGAAAGCAGCUGUGAGACUAGCAAAAGUGAUUUUGAACGCCAUUACGUGGUGCAUGUUGUCGGCAUUUUCACACUGGUAAGUUUGAAUUUAAGCCUGUUUUAUUCUCUUGCAGCAUUUAGGGGGCUGUUAGCGUUAGCUGCUAAGCUAUUUACGGGUUUCGAACAACGUACAGCAUUUGGACAAAAAAGCGAUACCACUGUUAAUAGGUCAAAACCUGAGAAGACUUUAAUUAUUUCCAUCAUUAAUACACAGUGUAGUUCAGACUUAAAUAUAUUUACCAGUAGUUUGAAACAAAUUUCUCUCGGAGACAAAAGUCCUGUUGACUUGUCGACAGUCUUCUCUUUCUGAUGUAACAUUCCAAGUUGGUUUGUCCGUGAUUCUUAAUCGACUUUGCAUUUCGAAAUGUUUGGCCUGUAUAUAAACUGACUCCGUUGACGACUGAGAUACAGAACACAUUCGGCAGCUUGCUCAAAUCUCCUUCCGCCAAAGUUACUUAUUUUUUUUAAGGUGGCGAGUCGUCGGUAGAGUCAAAAGAUUUUUCACGAUCCAUUUUAAUCCAGUUUGUUGCUCUCUCUCUCACAAUACCGGUGGCUGAGUACAAAAACUUCAUCCAGCAACAAUGGCUAUCCAGCCCCCACAAUGCAUUGCGAAACUACGAGCCCAAAAGUGAGAGGGAUACGAAACUGAGGUGUUUGUAAAGUUAAAGUACCAAUGCUAGUCAGUCACACACACACACACACACACACUAGGUGUGGUGAAAUCACCAUCUGCAUGUGACCCAUCCCCUUGUUCCACCCCCUGGGAGGGGAGCAGUGAGCAGCAGCGGUGGCCGCGCUCGGGAAUCAUUUUGGUGAUUUAAUCCCCAAUUCCAACCCUUGAUGCUGAGUGCCAAGCAGGGAGGUAAUGGGUCCCAUUUUUAUAGUCUUUGGUAUGACUCGGCCAGGGUUCGAACUCACGACCGUCUCAGGGCGGACACUCAAAGCGCUUUGAGUACCUUGAAGGUAGAAAAGCGCUAUACAAGUACAACCCAUUUAUCAUUUAUUUAUAACCACAAAACAUGCAAAGUAGCAUGCUUUCUAAAAGUGUGUCAAAACUUGGUCAGACGAUUUCAGCGUGUGUGCAUACGUACUUUUAAAGCACAUUCAACAAAAUGUUUUUAUCGUUACAUCCCUGAUGGUGUCCUGUCCUCUUUCAACAUUGAACCUGUUCUUCUUUUCAAUGUUUCAUGUUUGUAGUAACUGCAGGCCUCAUUUUGGACACCCCUGCAUUCUCUGUUUGAUGAGGCGGCAUGUCCAAAUGUCUUAAGUAUUGUAAUUUAUUGACAAGUGCUAAAAUCAACAUUGAUAGAUACAAGUAGCGUCCCAUUUUACACUUAAAUAAUCUCAACGUGCCGCAUCCUCCCCCAGCUGAUGCCAAGAUGUACUUUAUUUUUAUGACUGUACAUAAGUGUUGUUUGCUUCAUUUAUUGAUGUACUGUACUUAUUUUACCACCCAAUUUUUAAAUAAAAACAAAACACCAGAGAA